ACAACGAGCUCUGGUCGGAGGAAGGAAAAUGCCGGCAAAGCCAAACCCGCGAGAUUCUCAGAGCAUUUUGCUUGGAACAUAGGAGUACCGAAUAUAGAUUCAGCAACGGUUGUCUAUGACUGAAUCUGUGGCCCAUGGCAAUUACUUCCCAACAGGGUAAAAGACUUUUGUCGGAAAACCAACAUAGAAUUUCAAUCACCAAUUACAUCGUGCAAAAUUCCACCGUCAAUUUUGCCCAUACCAGCCGGUAAUCUAAGGUGCUCACGGACCGAAUCCAGAAAUCUGCAUGUAUCUUUAAUCUGUGUAUAUUAGUUGUAUAAUUUGCAGAGAGUGAUAGUUCAAUGAGAAAUCACAUUCUCUUGUGCAAAGCACUAUCAAUUCAGAUAUAAGUGAGUCUCUUUCCUUCAAACUCAAACCCUAGAUUUCAUCGUGCAUGCUUGUGUACUGAAUAAAUUGAUAACAUGUGUGUGGGUGGGUGUAUGUAUGCGGUAUAAUGCAUGUGUCAUAUGCGUGUGUAGAUAACGAUGAUAUGUUUGAAAUUUUGUGAGGUGAGAGAUAGCGAUAAGCCAAAUGUGAAAGAGAAUCUGCCAACAAUGUAUCCUCACGAGGAAAAUUUACCAAUAUUCCAAACCCUCGGAUUUAGUCCGAUUAGUUCGUUGUGAAACGCAAUUUGAUCCAUUGAAAUUCAAUCCAAUCUCGAUUCAAUGCCUUCCAUACAUUCCAUUUCCAUUUCCAUUCAAUUUGUGAGUAUUUUCUGUGAACGACAAACAACGGAAUUCUGUACAUAGGAGUAUAUUUUCUUAUGUGUACUACUCGCUGUAAAACAAUUGGCUCGCAGGUCCCGUCUAGAUUUCCACGUAAGCUCAUCCUGUCUUUUUCUUCGUUCAUACGUGCGCAAGUCUAUCUUUAACCCAGAUGUUACCCACACAACUCUCAACCACAACUCUAGGAACACUGAUCCUCUAUACCGAGAAUUCUCUGUACCCAGGAAUCUUGGACCGUCAAAUCGCAUACAAAAAACAAAAGAAUUCCCACGCAAUUCAACGGUUCAAGAUUCCUCAGAGGAUCUCCAAUUCCGAGAUUCGCACAUAAAUUCACGUGCAUCCAACGGCUCCGAACGCAGUUGUGUCUGGAGUUGUGGUCAAGAGUUGUGUAUGUGGACUUAGGGAUCUUUAACCUACGCACCCCUCUCCCCUCCACCACCAGACCUUGAAAUCGAUAGAUUAUCGUAGUUUUUAUCUUCAUUCAUUUAUACACACACAAUGUAUGCAUAUAUAUAUAAAGACUGUGUGUUAUCACUAACCCACCACCCCCACCCAUUUCCUGGUUCUUGUUGUAGAAAAAAGCAAUCAAACCGUUGGUGGGCAGUUUAUUUGGAGGUGGGGUGGGGUUGUUUUAAGUUCAACUUCGUUGUUGAAUUCCAACUUUUGAACAAUGGAACGUGCUCGGCGGCUCGCUAACCGGGCCAUUCUCAGGCGCCUGCUUUCAGACUCCAAGCAGUCCCGUCCGAAUGAAGCCCUUACUGGCUCUUCUUCGCCCGCUUUGUAUUCACCUUCGAGGUAUGUUUCCUCAUUGUCUCCAUCUGUCAUCAAUGGGAACAUUAUUAGUAAAGCAGAUGUAAUGUUAGGGAGGACCAUGUUGCAUAAUGUUGGUUUUGGUAUCGGGUCUCAAGUUCGAUCGGUUUCAGUGGAAGCUCUGAAACCAAGUGACACUUUCCCCCGCCGCCAUAACUCUGCCACCCCCGAGGACCAAACAAAAAUGGCUGAAGUUUGUGGCUUUCCCAGCCUUGAUUCGUUGAUAGAUGCCACGGUGCCUAAGUCGAUUCGAAUUGAGAAAAUGGAUUUCUCUAAGUUUGAUGAAGGGUUAACUGAGAACCAAAUGUUAGAGCACAUGAAAAAGUUGGCUUCUAAAAAUAAGGUCUUUAAGUCUUUCAUUGGGAUGGGUUACUAUAACACCUCUGUUCCACCUGUUAUUUUGAGGAACAUUAUGGAGAAUCCGGGUUGGUAUACCCAGUACACUCCGUACCAGGCUGAGAUUUCGCAGGGUCGUCUGGAGUCCCUGCUUAAUUAUCAGACCGUGAUUACAGAUCUCACUGGUCUCCCCAUGUCGAAUGCUUCCUUACUAGAUGAGGGAACUGCUGCAGCUGAGGCGAUGGCUAUGUGUAAUAAUAUUCAGAAGGGAAAGAAGAAAACUUUCAUUAUUGCCAGUAACUGUCACCCACAAACUAUUGAUGUUUGUAAGACUAGAGCAGAUGGUUUUGAUCUUAAGAUAGUUGUUGCUGAUCUCAAAGACUUUGAUUACAAAUCGGGGGAUGUUUGCGGUGUACUGGUUCAGUAUCCGGGUACUGAGGGUGAACUUUUGGACUAUGGGGAGUUCAUAAAGAAUGCACAUGCAAAAGGGGUUAAGGUUGUGAUGGCAAGUGAUCUGUUGGCAUUGACAAUGUUCAAGCCUCCUGGUGAAUUUGGAGCCGAUAUUGUUGUUGGCUCUGCUCAGAGGUUCGGGGUUCCAAUGGGGUAUGGAGGUCCUCAUGCAGCUUUCCUGGCCACUUCCCAAGAGUACAAGAGGAUGAUGCCAGGGAGAAUUAUUGGUGUGAGCGUUGAUUCUUCAGGAAAACCUGCUUUGCGUAUGGCAAUGCAGACAAGGGAGCAACAUAUUCGUAGGGACAAGGCUACCAGCAAUAUCUGUACAGCUCAGGCGUUGCUUGCAAACAUGGCUGCUAUGUAUGCUGUGUACCAUGGUCCAGAAGGCCUUAAAAUCAUCGCCCAGAGGGUGCAUGGUCUUGCUGCGACAUUUGCUGCCGGACUGAAGAAACUCGGGACAGUGGAUGUUCAGGGGCACCCCUUCUUUGACACUGUGAAGGUCAAAUGUCCUGAUUCUAAGGCAAUUGCAGAUGCUGCUUACAAGAGUGAGAUGAAUCUUCGGAUUGUGGACCAAAAUACUAUCACUGUUGCUUUCGAUGAAACAGCCACCUUGGACGAUGUGGAUAAGCUUUUCAAAGUUUUUGCAUGUGGCAAGCCAGUUACUUUUACUGCUGCAUCUCUUGCACCCGAGGUUCAGAGUACGAUCCCUGCUGGCCUUGUAAGGCAGAGCCCAUACCUGACACACCAAAUCUUCAACUCAUACCACACGGAGCAUGAGCUGCUUAGAUACAUUCAUCGCUUACAAUCAAAAGAUCUUUCCUUAUGCCAUAGCAUGAUUCCCCUGGGUUCUUGUACAAUGAAGUUGAAUGCAACAACAGAGAUGAUGCCUGUGACAUGGCCUAGCUUUAGUGACAUGCACCCUUUUGCCCCUACCGAGCAGGCUGAAGGUUAUCAGGAAAUGUUCAAAGAUUUGGGAGAAUUAUUGUGUACCAUUACUGGAUUUGAUUCUUUUUCUUUGCAACCCAAUGCUGGUGCUGCUGGGGAGUAUGCUGGUCUCAUGGUCAUCCGUGCAUAUCAUCUGGCAAGAGGUGACCAUCACCGGAAUGUUUGCAUUAUUCCUGUCUCUGCACAUGGCACUAAUCCUGCGAGUGCGGCUAUGUGCGGAAUGAAAAUUGUUGCUGUUGGGACUGACGCCAAGGGAAACAUCAACAUUCCAGAGUUAAAGAAGGCUGCUGAAGCAAAUAAGGAUAACCUGUCUGCCCUUAUGGUUACAUAUCCUUCAACACAUGGGGUUUACGAAGAAGGCAUUGAUGAAAUAUGUAAGAUCAUACAUGAUAACGGUGGUCAAGUUUACAUGGAUGGGGCCAACAUGAAUGCACAGGUUGGUUUGACUAGCCCUGGAUGGAUUGGUGCUGAUGUUUGCCAUCUCAAUCUCCACAAAACUUUCUGUAUUCCACAUGGUGGUGGUGGUCCUGGCAUGGGUCCGAUUGGUGUGAAGAAACACUUGGCACCUUUCCUGCCAUCACAUCCUGUGGUACCAACAGGAGGUAUACCAUGCCCUGACAAGACUCAGCCACUAGGUACCAUUUCUGCUGCGCCUUGGGGCUCCGCACUUAUUCUCCCAAUAUCAUACACCUACAUUGCCAUGAUGGGGUCAAAGGGGCUCACUGAAGCAUCAAAGAUAGCAAUCUUGAAUGCAAACUACAUGGCCAAGCGGUUGGAGAAUGACUACCCCAUUCUUUUCCGAGGAGUCAAUGGAACAGUCGCCCAUGAAUUCAUUGUUGAUUUAAGGGGUUUCAAGAAUACUGCUGGAAUAGAGCCAGAAGAUGUUGCUAAACGUCUUAUGGACUACGGAUUUCAUGGACCAACAAUGUCAUGGCCUGUUCCAGGCACACUCAUGAUUGAACCUACUGAGAGCGAGAGCAAGGCGGAGCUAGACAGGUUUUGUGAUGCUCUGAUUUCAAUUAGAGAAGAAAUUGCACUUAUUGAGAAAGGAAAAGCUGAUAUUAACAACAACGUGCUCAAGGGAGCUCCACAUCCGCCAUCACUGCUCAUGGCAGAUGCAUGGACAAAACCAUACACUCGGGAAUAUGCUGCCUUCCCUGCUUCUUGGCUCCGGUCAUCGAAGUUCUGGCCGACUACAGGGCGUGUUGAUAAUGUGUAUGGCGACCGCAACCUCGUCUGCACCCUUCUCCCAGCCUCACAGGUGGUCGAAGAACAAGCAGCAGCUGCUACUGCUUAAGGUUCAGUACUGCGCUGCAGAACUCAAGGUUCCUUCUCAAACGCAGAAGGCUCUUUGCUCUAUUCCAACCUCGUGUGUAUAUAAAAGCAAAACAAUUUCCAUAUCCAUACGUUUAUUUAUGGCAUCUGAUAUUUUGUACUAUUACUACGUUGAUAAUCAGCUGCUCCAGUAACAGUUGUUGUUAAUUGCAGCUCAAAUGUUGUAAUCGUCAGUGUUUCUUU